AUGGCGACCACCACCACCACCGCCAAUUCGGCUGCCGCCGCCAAAGCCCUGGAGACGGCUAAGAGCAAGGACAUCCAGAAGGCGCCGGUGCGCUAUCCCUUCUGGUUUGGAGGCUCUGCGAGCUCUUUUGCUGCCGGUGUGACACAUCCGCUCGACCUUAGUAUGCCAUGCGCCGCGCAAUCACCAAGCCUCGCUCACACGCUGCUUAUGUUCGUCCACGUCGCUAAGACCGACGGUGUGACUGGACUGUAUCGUGGGUUGUCUGCCUCCCUCCUGCGCCAGAUUACCUACAGCACAACCCGCUUCGGCAUUUAUGAGCAGCUCAAGACCUCCAUGACCACCCCUACCUCGACCCCCUCCAUGCCCACGCUGAUCGCCCUGUCCUCCGCCUCCGGUUUUCUGGGCGGUAUUGUCGGAAACCCAGCCGAUGUGCUGAACGUUCGCAUGCAGCACGAUGCUGCUCUGCCGCCUGCCAACCGCCGCAACUAUAAAAAUGCCAUCGACGGGCUGAUCCGGAUGACGCGCGAGGAGGGCGCGAAGAGCUUGUUCCGCGGAGUUUGGCCGAACAGCAUGCGUGCUGUUCUCAUGACGGCUUCGCAACUGGCCUCGUACGAUGGCUUCAAGCGCAUGAUCCUGGAAUACACGCCGCUCAAGGACGGCCUGGGAACCCAUUUCGCCGCCAGCUUUGCUGCCGGUUUCGUCGCCACAACUGUUUGCUCUCCGGUGGAUGUGAUCAAGACUCGUGUCAUGAGUGCUCAUGGUGAGAGUAAGAGCUUGGCGAAGCUGCUCGUUGAUAUCAACCGCAUUGAGGGUUUCGGCUGGAUGUUCCGUGGCUGGGUUCCCAGCUUCAUCCGCCUGGGCCCACACACCAUUGCUACCUUCCUUUUCCUGGAACAGCACAAGAAGAUCUACCGGAAGCUCAAAGGUAUCGAAUCCUAA